AUGGCAAAUGAAAACCUUAUCAACAAGGCAGUGGAAAUAGGGACGCGAGAGUUCCAGGUACAGAACUACUCGAGAGCUCUUAAGAUAUAUACCCGAGGAAUUGAGGAGUGCAAGAUAUAUUAUACAGAGAGUGAAGAACAUGGCAGAAGGAGAACGAAUCGUUAUCAUUCAAAAUAUAAGGCGCUAUUGGACUGCCGAGCAGCAUGCUUUGGGAAGUUAGAUAGGUUGGACAAGUCAUUGGAGGACUCUGAGACAUUGAUCUCACUGGAUCAUUAUAGCAUCAAAGGAUAUCUUCGAAAGGGAAAGAUCCUUUGCAAAACCAACAGGGAAAGAGAGGCAUUUGAGAGUAUUAAUGACGGAAUAAACGUGCUCCGCCAUGGUAUUUUCAAAUAUAAAAGUAAAUUGAAGAUCAAUAAGAGAUUAUACACCAAAAUGAGAAAUGAGAGAGCUCGAUUAGCCGAACACCUUGGCUAUGAAAUAGUACGUGAUGCAGACGGAAAAGAAACCAAAAAGAGAAAACAGUCGAGUUCAGACCCAGUGGUAAAAUUGCCGGUAGAAAUAAUCAUGGAAGUGAUGUCAUUAUUGGAUCAAAGCGAUGUUCUAUCUGCUAUGGCUGUGUCCCGACAAUGGCAUCUUUUGCUCACCUCUAUAACAGAAAUAGUGGAAUGCCCCACUUUGAAGAAAAGACUUACCCGAGAACAGUUUGAGAAAUUCCUCGACUUCUGCCAUGAUCGUAUUCAUAUCAAGAAGCUGUGCUUAGAUUGCAAGCCUGUUGAUGAAAUCUACAUAUUGACACGGCUUGCUAAUUCCGGGAUUGUCACGGAAAACCUAGAAAUAACGUUGAGAAACGUUACUGAUGAGAACUUGGCAAAGCUCUUGGGACAAAAUGUGCACGCUAGAGAGCUCUUCCAAUCUUUGAGACAACUAAAACUAGCACUUGAGGUAUAUGAUGUUGAGAAUGGAAUCAACAAUAUUAUGGCGUACCUUACGCGCUUAGAAACCCUUUCAAUAACUGUCCUUAAUGUCAGAAAGAGCCUGACUAUCAGGCAAGGAGCGAGUAUUAAUGCUGUGGCUCGUAACUACGCAAACAAGUUUCAUAAACUCAGUGAACUUCAAUUGCACUUUCAUUUGGGUGAUCCCAAGGGACAGACCAAUACUUCUCUUUACAAUAACUUUUUCAGGAUGAACCAUUUCAGCAGGCUAACAGACUUGGAAUUGAAUUGUUCCAGCUAUGACAGAGCCUCUAUUAAAGAACUUUUGGAAAGAAACUACAGUUUGAAGAGACUUGCUCUUUACUCGAUUUCUCCUAAUGAGAUUUCAUGGAUCUUUCGGGCCAUUUCAGAGGCAAGGAUCAGGCUCGAAACCUUUGAGAUUCAAGAGGUUUGCACGAAACGACGACAACAGGAGGAGCCCAUAGAGGGACAGGACGAAAUGGACUUAUCAUUUUUAUCAGAAUUGAAGAACUUGACCCUUAUAAAAACGUCUAUAACCGUGAGAUCGCUAGUCCAGAUACUUGAAGCAACAAAUAUGCAGCUUCAAGUGCUAAAAUUGGUGGAGAAUGAUUUCAUAGCGUUUGGUCCUGGACCUAUACAUCAGUUUGCUCCAUAUGUGAUCUUCCCUUUAGAACAGCUUGUCCGAAACUGUCCAAACUUAAAAUCCCUGAGUCUAAUGCGUUGUUCUAAUCUUGAUAAUGCGUCUAUAAGAAUGCUCUCAAAACUGAUAGAGAAAUAUUCCCAGCCAAGAAAGUUAGAAAGGCUCGAUCUUUCUUACAACAAUAUAGAUGGUUUGGCUUUGGUUGCAUUGUUCGGACCCAAUAGUCUUUUAAGACUCAGAACGUUAUUGGUGACGGGAUGCGAUAUCAGUCUCGAAACACUUACAUACGUAAAGCGGAAAGGGUUUGUGGAGCAUAUCGUUAUGUAG